AUGCUACAGAAACAGGCGCAAACAGUGCAAGACUCAUCGCCAACUUCAAUUAUCGCGGCGAUUAAUCAGCCUGAGAAGGGAGCAGAAGCAAUGGUGCUCUCAGCUGAGCUAAUGCGUGAUCGGAUCGCCAGCCUUGAGAGAGCUAAUGAGGCAGCAACAAACCGUAGGCAGCGCAAAAGAAAGCGGAUACAGAAGCAAGGAAUACUAACAAAGGGAGCUGGAGAGGAUCUACUCGCUCAGCACGAGGCUGAUCAGCAGAUUGCUCAUGAAGAGCCAAGGAAGGGAGCGAUUAGGUCACGCUGUAGCAUGUGCAGAGAGGCUGGCUAUAAUGCGUGUACAUGCAAGAAAGAUGAUUUUGGUAUUAAUUAA